AUGAGUCACCAAGAAGUUGUUUAUCCAAUCCUGUUCGAAGAACCUGUUCUUCGCACAGAUUUAACCACCUCUGAAUUGUACACCAUCUCAAAAGAAGGAGAAGGAAGUUUAUUCGGGUUUCCUUCAAACUCUAUGGAAACAAGGAAUUAUAAAAACCUUCUAGAUGUUUGUCUUUCUUCCAGCAAUACUAUCUUUGAAGCAACUGAAAAAUCCCUAGAAUUAGGUGAGGAAAACCUAGAGUUGAAGAAAGAGAAUGAAGAAUUGAAAGAACAAACCAGUAUGGAAAAGAAAAAAAUGGAUGUAUUAUUUGAACAAAUUCAAGUCGUCAGAAAAGAAAAUGCUGAGACUAGGAAAGAAUUGAUGGCAGAAAUGCAAGCCCUUAAAAGAGAACUAUCCGAUUAUAAGAAAGAGAAUUCGGAUGAAAUACAAGCCCUUAUAAGAGAGCAUGCAGAAGAAAUACAAGCCCUCAGAAGAGAGCAUUCUGAAGAAAUACAAGCCCUUAGAAGAGAGCAUGCAGAAGAAAUACAAUCCCUUAAAAAAGAAGUUAAGAAGUUAAAUAAGAUGGUUAUCAAGUUGAUCCCUCAUUAUUGUGAGCAGUUGGUUUCAUCUACCGGUAACUUGUUAAAGAAAUUGCUUGAUAAUGUUGGAGCAGAUUACUUUACAGAACAAUUAAUUAGUGAGGGAAAACAUCUCUAUGCACCAAUUUCUUUGAUUGAAUUCAACAAGUUUCGCGUAUUUGCAGAUAAGGUAUAUGAAGAAAGAAACGCUAUUUAUCAUAAAUUAGUUUUGAACGAAGAGAUUAUUAAGGAUGACCAAAUGAAAGAUAUUUGCAAAAGACUGAUGGCCAAAUAUCCAACUUCAACUGAUCCAGAAGGUAUCCUUAACUCUUUAAUUGAGACGACCAAAGCCUAA